AUGCACCUGCCGGGCUGCGCGCCCACCAUGGCCGACGGGAGCUUCUCGCUCGCCAGCCACCUGCUACGCAGCCCAGGAGGGAGCACCUCGCGGCUGCACAGCAUCGAGGCCAUCCUGGGGUUUACCAAGGACGACGGGCUCCUCGGCACCUUCCCGGCAGAGCGGGGCGCCCGGGGCGCAAAGGAGCGGGAUAGAAGGCUGAGCGCUCGGCCGACCUGCCCCAAGGGAUCCGAGGGAGGCACCGAGCCUUCUCCUCCGCCAGCCCCGGCGCCUGCCCCGGAGUACGAAGUCCCUCGCCCUUACUGCCCCAAGCAGCCCGGAGAAGCACGGCCAAACCCAGGGCUGCCCGUUGGGCCAGCCACCGGCGACGCGAAGCUGUCGGAGGAGGAGCAACCGAAGAAAAAGCACCGGCGGAACCGGACGACUUUCACCACUUACCAGCUACACGAACUGGAGCGCGCGUUCGAGAAGUCCCACUACCCCGACGUGUAUAGCCGCGAGGAGCUGGCAGGCAAGGUCAACCUACCCGAGGUCCGGGUCCAGGUGUGGUUCCAAAACCGACGGGCCAAGUGGCGUCGGCAGGAGAAGCUGGAAGUGUCCUCCAUGAAGCUGCAGGACUCGCCCCUCCUCUCAUUCAGCUGCUCCCCUCCCUCGACGACGCUGGCGCCCCUCGGGGCGGGCCCGGGCAGUGGCGGUGGGCCGGCUGGGGGCGCGCUGCCGCUGGAGUCAUGGCUAGGACCGCCGUUGCCGGGCGGGGGCGCCACCGCCCUGCAGAGCCUGCCGGGCUUUGGGCCGCCGGCGCAGAGUCUGCCCACCAGCUACACGCCGCCGCCUCCGCCCUUCCUUAACUCCCCACCGCUGGGCCCGGGCCUGCAGCCUCUCGGGCCGCCGCCGCCCGCCUACCCGUGCGGGCCCGGCUUCGGGGACAAGUUCCCGCUGGACGAGGCGGACCCGCGCAACAGCAGCAUCGCCACGCUGCGUCUGAAAGCCAAGGAACACAUCCAGGCCAUUGGGAAGCCGUGGCAGGCCCUCUAG